CUAUUUAUUGAGGUUCUGCUUUUGAAUUUCUUGUAAGAUUCAACACAAUGGCAUUGCUAAUUGUCCUUGUGUUUCUUCCAAUUUUCUUCUUCUUUCUUCUCCAAAAACAAAAACCACUCAAAAGCAAUCGUCUGCCACCUGGUCCUCGCGGGCUUCCCUUAAUUGGCAAUCUGCACCAGUUUGAUGGUUCAAACCCUAAGAAGGUGUGGAAACUUUCUAGAAACUAUGGCCCUCUCAUGUCCCUGAGUCUUGGUUCAGUUCCAGCCAUUUUAGUUUCAUCAGCAAAAAUGGCUAAAGAGGUCAUGAAGACGCAGGAUCUGGCAUGUUGCAGUAGGCCUGCCUUGCUUGGCCAACAAACUUUGUCUUACAAUGGCUUAGACUUGGUGUUUUCACCUUACGAUGAUUAUUGGAGAGAAAUCAGGAAAAUUUGCGUUGUUCAUCUCUUGAACUCUAACAGAGUUCAACAAUUUCUACCCAUUAGAGAAGAUGAAGUUGCUCGUAUGACGAAACAGAUAUCGAAAGCUACUGCUGCCUCUAAGACAAUCAACUUGAGUGAGCUUAUGUUCUCUCUUACGAGCACAAUUAUUUCCAGGGUUGGAUUUGGAAAGAGGUACGAGGAAGAAGGAAUUGAGAGAAGUAGAUUCCAGACUCUUCUUAAUGAAACUCAGGCCCUGUUUAUAAGCUUCUUUUUUUCAGAUUAUUUUCCUUUCAUGGGCUGGCUUGACAAGCUCACAGGAAUGAGGCGUCGCCUUGAUAACAACUUCAAGGCUUUUGACAAAUUUUACCAAGAACUCAUUGAAGAGCAUUUAGAUCCCAACAAACCUGAAAAUGAUCAAGAGGAUAUAGUUGAUGUUCUACUGCAAAUUCGGAAAGAGCGUGGAUUUAAAAUUGACCUCACUUUUGAUCACAUCAAAGCAGUGCUCAUGAAUGUAUUUGUUGCUGGCACAGACACCAGUGCAGCCACGGUGGUUUGGGCGAUGACCUACCUGAUGAAAAAUCCUGAAAUAAUAGAGAAAGUUCGAGGAGAAAUCAGGUCCAAAGUUGGAAACAAAGGUUUUGUAGAUGAGGAUGAUCUUCAGAAUCUGCCUUAUCUUAAAACUGUAGUGAAAGAGACGAUGAGACUGCAACCAACAGUUCCUUUUUUGGUCCCAAGAGAAACAACUGAGAAGUGCGUCAUAGAGGGAUAUGAAAUACCGCCUAAAACACUCGUUCUUGUGAAUACAUGGGCUAUAGGAAGAGACCCUGAAGCUUGGGAGAACCCAGAUGAAUUUUAUCCUGAGAGAUUCAUGGGGAGUUCUAUUGACUUUAAAGGGCAACACUUUGAGCUGAUAUCAUUUGACGUUGGUCGAAGAAUUUGUCCAGGAUUGUAUAUGGGAAUUGCUAUUGUUGACCUUGCACUUUCUAAUCUUCUAUACAAAUUUGACUGGGAAAUGGUGCCCGAAAUAAAGAAAGAAGACUUAGAUUUUGAUGUUCUUCCAGGCAUUACCAUGCACAAGAAAAAUCCUCUCCGCCUUAUGGUUAGGUGCUAUAAAUGAUUGCAGAUCGAUGGGUCAUUUGUGUUCAUUGUUGACGAAUUAAUCUGGCCGGAGUUCGAAGUUUCUGAUCGCAAUGUUCUUGUUUGCUACACCGUGUAAUAGAUGUCAAUAGGACAGUGUUACUAAUAAUAAAGUUGUAAAAUAAUUUAUCUAAGUAUUUACAGACUUACAGUCUGAUGUCUGUCAACAUUCAUACUUUCUCAAAAGAUAAUAAUAAGAAUAAAGUUUUAAAUA